CCUGAGCUUCCUUUUGUUUGGAAACAAGCAACACAAGCAAUCCAGCACUCACGUAAAGCCAGCCUUAGGCGUCGCGGUUGGCGUUUCGCAUCAGCCUCCUGGCCACGCCAUCUCACGCUUUUUCAUGGAAGCGGCAAUCUUUGACGGGGCGCCCCAAUAUUGUUUUGGCGUAGGCAAGUCGUUGGCCGACAGCUAUUUGAACGGUCUCCAAUCGAGCCCUUAUGAAUGGCAGUGCGCUCAGCUGCGUCGUGCGAGAUAGUACCUCUCCACUGCUCUCUCUUUCAUCAUCGUCGUCAUCAUCGAUGGAUGUCUAGGGCUGGCCUGAUUUCUGCAAUUCGCAUACAUAAUUCACCUGGGCAUUUAACCGUCACGAGAGCCACUACAUCGCCAACAGCAACAAUUGCCGCCAGUUUCUGUCCACGACCAUGUCUGCGUCUGCGUCUGCUCCGGUACCAGCGCGCCUUCGCAAGAAGGUGCUGAGGGUAUUGUUCAUAUCCCUUCUGCUCGACCUGAUAUCCUUCACCUUUAUUCUCCCGCUCUUUCCGCAACUGCUCGAGUUCUAUCGUGACCACGAAGCGUCCCGAGGCGGCAGCUCCGACACGCUCCUGGGCCGCAUCCUUGCCGGCCUCAAUGCGUACAAACACUCGUUCGCGAAGCCCAUCAAUGACCGCUACGACAUCGUGCUGUUAGGCGGGGCCCUGGGUUCCCUUUUCUCCUUUCUCCAGGCGGUUGCGUCACCCAUCAUCGGCACGCUGUCAGACAAAUACGGCCGCCGGACCGCGUUGCUGUGGUCCAUGGUGGGCAACGUGCUGUCGGUUGCGCUGUGGGUGGCCGCGACGGAUUUCCGUACCUUCCUCGCCAGUCGCGUCGUGGGCGGCCUUAGCGAGGGCAAUGUCCAACUUGCCAUGGCUAUUGCGACCGACAUCAGCGAUGAGACGCAACGCGGGGCGACAAUGGCCCUUGUUGGUGUGUGCUUCAGCAUUGCCUUCACCUUUGGCCCUGCGCUGGGUGCUUGGCUCUCAACUAUCACGUCCAUUGCGGCGAACCCCUUCGCUUCUGCUGCCGCGUUCUCGCUGUUCCUGAUCGUGACUGAGACCGUCUACCUGUAUUUCUGUCUCCCAGAGACGCUCCCGACUGCACCCAGCACCACCACUAAUGGCUCUGCGAAGAUAGACGCAGCACCGAAGCCAAGGGUUCGAACGAAUUCGCAUACUUUGCUGAACGCAACGCACUUCAUGUUCAUCCUAUUUUUCUCCGGUAUGGAGUUCUCUUUGCCGUUUAUGACGUACGAUCUCUUUUCCUACGGAUCUUCCCAAAGCGGAAAACUUCUUGGUUUCAUUGGUCUUAUUGCUUCUCUCUUACAGGGAAGCGUCGUCCGACGCAUGCACCCCUUAAAAGUGGUGCAGAUGGGCGUCAUAAGCUGCACAAUUGCCUUCGUCCUACUAGGGCGAGUGGAGUCGCAAAGAGGGCUAUAUGCGGCCGCUGCGCUGUUAGCUGUGACGAGCGCGACAGUGGUCACUGGGCUGAACAGCUUGAGCUCUUUUGAGGCGAGCGCGGGGGAGCGGGGGAAUAAGCUUGGAAAUCAUAGAAGCUUUGGUCAAAUCGGCCGCUCCCUUGGGCCUCUAAUAUUCUGUUCACUAUAUUGGUGGGCUGGACGUGAGACAGCCUACGCGGCUGGAGCUGCGGGCAUGGUUGCCGUCUGCGGUUUGGUGUUUGGAGGUCUGAAAGUCCCUCCGGGAACAGAGACGGUACGGAGAGCAAAGUCAACUUGAGGAUGUUUUGUCUGGUUUUUUUGGCCAAUGAAACUAGACCUCCAAACUGCAUUGUCUACAAGUACUUUUCAUACCAAAAAGGUAGUCUCCAGGAUAGAAAUAGAGAACAGCAGAUCUGAUUCUGCCCC